GUGAGAAAUGCAGAUGAAGAUAUUCAAGAGAGAAUAAAAAAGGUAUUUAUUUGCAUUGGAUUAAAUGUGUUACAGACAUGAUCCCGGCAUUAUAAAUCCCACUCAGUGUUUAUAUGAUCCGGCUUCUAUCCCCAAAUGCUGAGAUCCCCACUAGACGGGAUGAGAAAUUCCCAUAUAAACCCUCCAAUCUGCCUAGCUGGGACGCGAAAUCAGAAAUAUAAGGCUAGGCGGGACCUUUCAACCUUUGCCUUCUUAGCAUGCUUGAUAUGAUGUGAAGCAUUUAACUGACUUCAUCUCGGCAUUGUCUUUAGUCGUGUUGACACUAACAGUCUUGGCCUAGCCUUGGCCUGGCUUUGGCCUACAUUUUGACUGUGUAAACAGAUUUUGACCUAGCCUUGGCCUGACCUAGGCAAGGAAAUCUGGGCCUACUACAACCGUUGGACUAGGCUUGUGGAAAUGUAAAUACUUUCGGCCCUGGCCUGGGCCUUAUUUUCAUGGCAAUGUGUGUCCACAGUGUGGGUGUAACCAACACUUUAUGUAAUAUUGAGAGUACAAUAUUAACCAGCCUUCCUCUAACCAUCCUGCUACACUGUAUUUGUUAAUUAGACAGCAAUCUUUUGGAGAAACCCCCUUUGCCCACUCUACUGCUGCAUGCUUUAAGGGAGGUGGGUAGUCCAAUAAUGGCUGACUGCUGCAAUUGUUACUGAAUUUAGAUAAACAAUUUGCUACAGUAUAUAAUUAUUCAAAGUAUUUUCCCCAGGCUAGGGGCUGUACAAUAUUUGUUUUCCAAAAUGUCUGUUAUAUUACACAUUUUAGAAAAGGAACUCAGAAAAAGGAUUCUUCACUUUGUCUUUCACUGAAGAACGAUUACAGUCUCCUACCGCUCUCAACGAAAAAGGAAAUAUAAAUGGUCCUGAGAGAACGGCCAGAAGAAAGAUACAAGAAACCAGUGAAGUAGCAAUGAAAGUCCACGGAGAAACUUCAAGUAAUAUGCAACCUGCUUACUUUGGUCUUUUUGCAACCCUAUCUAAUGGGGCUGCAGCUAGCACACUAACUGAUAUGUUUUACAAAUCACCUACUGUAAUGACAAAAGUUAUUCCUAAUGUUGUAAAUGAAAGGUCAAGGCUUUAG